GGCUCACUCGCUAAACGGCAAGCUGCAGGUGAACCCACCAAAUACUGGAAGUCCAUCCCAGGCUUUGCUCGCCGUCGGGGUAACGCUCGUCUAUGACAUCACAAAGGAGCAGAAGGUAAUGUAAGAGGCAAUGGCCACAGCGCCGACCGGUGUGAGUAUUCCCAGCGCUGCAGACGGCCUCCAUAGAAUGCACGUUACCAGACCCAAAUCUGCCAAAGGUCGCACCAGGACCACCCCGCAGAGCUUCUCCCACAGCGAGGACUACUCCUACCCAGCCUCCCCGUCUCCGCGGGUGCCCACGGCCCAGCCUAUCACCAGUCCCCGGAUCGUACAGGAAGAUGUCGCCGAGUUCCUCCAUCAGCUUCCAGCCCGGCCUGCCUCCUCCUCCUUAAACCGAUACCGAGUCCUUCCUUCCAUCGGGGCUGCUGGGAGCGGAGAAAAUUCAGCCGAAGAGGAGCUGGCGAGACAAACCAGCUGCAUGCGGCUGGCGAGCGGAUCGCAUAACCGGCGUGCCAAAGCACUCUAUCGAGCCCAGGUCCCAGCCGCAGUCAGCACCGGAGACACCGGCCGGAGCACGAAGCCUCACGCUGCACCCGAGACCUUCCCCGUUUCUCCAAACCUGCAGGAACCCUCAGAUCAAGAGCCCAGACUGCUCCUGGCCCUCCGAUCCCACGCCGGGCAGAGGUUUGAGUGGCACUUCCGCCCCUCGGACACUAUCCAAACCGUCCUGGCUGUGGUCGAGAUGAAGACUGGUACCUCCUGCGAAAACUGCAUUGUGGAGUCCAUGGAGGUGCCCAGAAGGAGCUUCCCUGACCUCAGCCGAACUCUGCAGGAGUGCAGAAUCCCUAACAAAUCUGUCCUGUGUAUCCAUCAGACAGAAAGGGACUAAGGAGACACAAU